CAUGGACUCAAACGAACGUCAUGGACUCAAACGAACGUCAUGGACUCAACGAACGUCAUGGACUCAAACGUACGUCAUGGACUCAAACGAACGUCAUGGACUCAAACGUACGUCAUAGACUCAAACGAUCGUCAUGGACCCAAACGAUCGUCAUGGACUCAAACGUACGUCAUGGACCCAAACGAUCGUCAUGGACCGAAACGUACGUCAUGGACCGAAACGUACGUCAUGGACCGAAACGUACGUCAUGGACUCAAACGUACGUCAUGGACUCAAACGUACGUCAUGGACCCAAACGUACGUCAUGGACCCAAACGAUCGUCAUGGACCCAAACGAUCGCCAUGGACCCAAACGUACGUCAUGGACCCAAACGAUCGUCAUGGACCCAAACGUACGUCAUGGACCCAAACGUACGUCAUGGACUCAAACGAAUGUCAUGGACUCAAACGAUCGUCAUGGACCCAAACGUACGUCAUGGACUCAAACGAACGUCAUGGACUCAAACGUGAGCCGUCCUGAGCCGUCUCCGUGUUUCCCGCGGAGUGAGACUUCCCGCGCACAGAGCAGCUCUGACGCUGCUCAGCUGUUGGCGACUCGCUGCCCCGUUUCCGCUUCCGCGUUCAGUCACGUGCUCCAGCUCCACAGGUGGAGCAGAGUGAACUUUCGAAGAAGAAGAAGCGUGGAGGACCGAGCGAUCAGCUGACGGCUCUGUGACGUCAGCAGGGUGCGUGCGUGUGUGCGUGCGUGUGUGUGUCAGUGACCUUUGACCUUUGAUCUCUAUGUGUGCGUAACAUGUCAGGAAGUUCUAACAAAAGCAUGACAUCACUGUGACGUCACUGUGACGUCACAGGUUUAAGAUUCAUUCUGAUGCACACUGUAAAAAAACAACAACUUGUUUUUACAGUAAAGAAAUGUCAAACAUUAGUGUUACACCAUAAUAUGAAAAUAUAAAC